AUGAACUCCACAGAAGAACCAGUCUCCGCAGGAAAUUCGCAGAUGAACUUCAAAGAGGAAUUUCACUGGGACCAGUCUCCAGAGGAACUUUGCAGAGGAACCAGUCUCCAGAUGAACUUCGAAAAGAAACUUAGAGGAGUAACAUUGCAGAGGAACCAGCCGCCAGAGGAACUUCGCAGAGGAACUGCGAAGAGAAACCAUUCUCCAGAGGAACUUCGAAAAGGGACCAGUCUCCAGAGGAACUUCGCAGAGAUCCAGAACCACUCUCCAGAGGAACUUCGAAGAGGGACCAGUCUCCAGAGGAACUUCGCAGAGAACCAGAACCACUCUACAGAUGAACUUUGCAGGGGAACUUCGAAGCGGAACCAGUCUCCAGAGGAGCUUCGCAGUGGAACCUCGAAGAGCAACCAAGGAACCAGUCUCCAAAGGAACUUGGAACAGGAGCUUCGCCGGGGAAAAUGUCUCCAAAGGAACUUCGAAGAGGAACUUCGCCGAGGAACCAGUUUCCAGAGGAACUUCACAAUGAAACCAGUCUCCGAAGGAACUUCGCUGAACAACUUCGAAGAGGAACUUUCUAGAGGAACAAGUCUCCAGAGGAACUUCACAGAGGAAGCAGCCUCCUCAGGAACUUCGCAGUGGAACUUCGAAGAGAGGAACUCGGAGGAGUUCGAGAAACUUCAAGGAGGAACUCUGAUGAAGAAUUUCGCAGAGGAACCAGUCUCCAGAGGAAAUUCAAAUAGGAACCAGUCUCCAGAGGAACUCUGCGGAUGGACUUCGCAGAGAAACCUGUCGCCAGAGGAACUUCGAAGAACAACUUUGCAGAGGAACCAGUCUCCAGAGGAAAUUCAAAGAGCAACGAGCCUCCAGAGGAACUUCGCAAAGGAAAGGAACGAGACUCCAGAGGAACUUCGAAGAGCAACUUCAAAGAGGAACUUCGAAGCGGAACCAGUCUACAGAGAAACUUCGCAGUUGAACUUCCAGUCUCGAAGAGGAACUUUGCUGAGGACCAGUCUUCAAGGAACUUCACAGAGGAACCAGUCUUCAAGGAACUUCACAAAGGAACCACUCUCAGGAACUGCGAAGAGAAACCAUUCUCCAGAGGAACUUCGAAAAGGGACCAGUCUCCAGAGGAACUUCGCAGAGAUCCAGAACCACUCUCCAGAGGAACUUCGAAGAGGGACCAGUCUCCAGAGGAACUUCGCAGAGAACCAGAACCACUCUACAGAUGAACUUUGCAGGGGAACUUCGAAGCGGAACCAGUCUCCAGAGGAGCUUCGCAGUGGAACCUCGAAGAGCAACCAAGGAACCAGUCUCCAAAGGAACUUGGAACAGGAGCUUCGCCGGGGAACCUGUCUCCAAAGGAACUUCGAAGAGGAACUUCGCCGAGGAACCAGUUUCCAGAGGAACUUCACAAAGAAACCAGUCUCCGAAGGAACUUCGCUGAACAACUUCGAAGAGGAACUUUCUAGAGGAACAAGUCUCCAGAGGAACUUCACAGAGGAAGCAGCCUCCUCAGGAACUUCGCAGUGGAACUUCGAAGAGGAGCUUCGCCGGGGAUCCAAGGAACUCGAGGAGUUCGAGAAACUUCAAGGAGGAACUCUGAUGAAGAAUUUCGCAGAGGAACCAGUCUCCAGAGGAAAUUCAAAUAGGAACCAGUCUCCAGAGGAACUCUGCGGAUGGACUUCGCAGAGAAACCUGUCGCCAGAGGAACUUCGAAGAACAACUUUGCAGAGGAACCAGUCUCCAGAGGAAAUUCAAAGAGCAACGAGCCUCCAGAGGAACUUGGCAGAGGAAAGGAACGAGUCUCCAGAGGAACUUCGAAAGGCAACCAGUCUCCAAAGGAACUUCACAGAGGAACCUCGCAGUGGAACUACGAAGACGAAUCACUCUCCAGAGGAACUUGGAAGAGGAACUUCUCAGAGGAACCAGUCUGCAGAGGAACUUCGCAGAGGAACUUCAAAGAGGAACCAAUCUCCAGUGGAACUGCGCAGAAGAAACCAGUCUCUAGCAGUAGUUCGAAGAGAAACUUCACAGAGGAACCAGUCUCCAGAGGAACUUUGGAGAGGAACCACUCUCGAGAGUAACUUCGCAGAGGAACUUCGAAGUGGAACCUUGCAGAAGAACCAGUCUGCAGAUGAGCUUCGCAGAGGAACUUCGAAAAGGAACUUUGCAGAGUUACCAGUCUCUGGAACAACUUCGAAGAGGAACUUCGCAGAGGAAGCAAGGAACUUCGAAGAGGAAUCACUCUCCGGAGGAACUUUGAAGAGGAAUUUAGCAGAGGAACUUCAAAGGGGAGCUAGUCUCCAGAGGAACUUUAAAGAGAAACCAGUCUCCAGAGGAACUUCACAGAGGAACCAGUCUCCUGAGGAACUCUGCAGAGGAACUUUGCAGAAGAACUUCUCAGAGGAAUCGGACUCUAGAGGAACUGAAGAAUUACUUCGAAGAGGAACUUCGAGGAGUAACUUUGCAGAGGAACAAACAAUCUUCAGGGGAACUUUGCAGAGGAACUUGGAGAAGGAUGAACUUCGCAGAGGAACCAGUCUCCAGAGGAACUUCAGAGAGGAACUUCAAAGCGGAACAUCACAGAGGAGUUUCGAUGAGGAACUUCGAAGGGUACCUUCGCUGAGGAACCAGUCUCCAAAAGAACUUCGAAGAGGAGCUUCGCCGGGAACCCGUCUCCCGAGGAACUUUGAAGAGGAACAAGUCUCCAGAGAAACUUCGCAGAGGAACUUCAAGGCGGAACCAGUCUUCAGAGGAACUUCGAAGAGGAACUACAGAGAGGAUCCAGUCUCCAGAGGAACUUCGAAGAGGAGUUUGCUGAGGAACCAGUCUCCAGAAGAACCUUGUAGAGGAACUUUGAAGAGGAACUUUGCAGAGAAACUUCAAAGAGCAACUUCGCAGACGAACCAACUCUAA